AGCUAUAACUGUUUAUAUUUGAAGAUAGAAUUAUUAUGGAUAUUUUCGUAAUUUUUUCAUAUACAUGAUACCGCUGUUUAUUUGAAGAACAGUUGGUUCCACGAUACGCUUAUAAUAAAUAGUCGAUUGCAAAAAGGAAGUAACAUCUCUAACGAUACUUGUGAAGUAUGACUCACACUACUAUGCCAGUUUUUUACAGUUCUACAACUAUGUUUUUAUAAAUACUUCCGUGUUUGUAUAAACUGAAACAAUUUACUAUAUAUAAUCAUGAACGUACAGGAAUUGCGUGAUGGGUCUCCUUUGUUACAAGCUAUAUUUUUUGGAGAUGUAGACGAAGUUCGAGCAUUGUUAUCAAGAAAGGAAGAUCCAAAUUGGCAGGAUAGGGAACAAAGAUCUCUUUUGCAUGCAGCUGCAUAUAGGGGAGAUCCAGCAAUUGUAGAAGCACUUUUGUUAAAUGGAGCUGUAGUAAAUGCUAAAGAUAAGAAAUGGUUAACUCCUUUGUAUAGAGCUUGUUGCUCGGGGAAUCCCAAUGUAGUAGAAGUUUUGUUAAGCCAUAAAGCAGAUGUUAAUAUCAGGGAUCGUAGUUGGCAAACUCCUUUACAUGUAGCAGCAGCAAAUAAUGCAGUUCAAUGCGUUGAGCUGAUAGUGCCACAUUUAAUGAACAUUAACGUAGCAGACAGAGGUGGUAGAACAAGUUUGCAUCAUGCAGCUUACAAUGGACAUUUGGAAAUGACAGAAUAUUUGGCUCAAAUUGGUUGUGUAAUAAAUGCUUCUGAUAGGCAAGAUCGCAGGGCCUUACAUUUUGCAGCGUACAUGGGUCAUGAUGGAAUAGUAAGGGCACUUAUAGCAAAAGGAGCAGAUGUAGAUGUUAAAGAUCGAGAUUUGUAUACUCCGUUACAUGCAGCUGCAGCAUCUGGCAAUGUAGAAUGCAUGCACACAUUAAUUAAGUCUGGGGCAGAUAUUGAAGCAAAAAAUGUGUAUGGAAAUACUCCUUUGCAUAUUGCAUGUUUAAAUGGUCAUGCUGAUGCAGUUACAGAAUUAAUUGCCAAUGCAGCAAACGUUGAAGCUGUAAAUUAUCGGGGACAAACGCCGUUACACGUUGCUGCUGCUAGCACUCAUGGUGUUCACUGUUUAGAAGUACUUUUGAAAGCUGGUUUGAGAAUAAAUGUUCAAUCAGAAGAUGGGCGUACACCUCUACAUAUGACUGCAAUCCAUGGUAGAUUUACUCGAUCAAAAAGCUUACUUGAUGUUGGAGCAUUGCCAGACACUAAAGAUAAAAACGGAAAUACCGCUUUACACGUCGCCGCUUGGUUUGGCCAUGAAUGUUUAACAACAACUUUAUUGGAGUAUGGCGCAUCCCCAGCAGCGCGCAAUGCUGAACAGCGUACUGCAUUGCAUCUUAGUUGCUUGGCAGGUCAUAUCGAGGUCUGUAGAAAAUUAUUACAAGUUGAUAGCCGACGAAUAGAUUCAAGAGAUAUUCGUGGUAGAACACCAUUACAUUUAGCAGCAUUCAAGGGAUCUGUUGACUGUUUAGAUUUAUUGUUAUCCAAUGGAGCUAAUUUUCGAUUAACUGAUAAUUAUAGCAGGUUAGCACUUCAUCAUGCUGCUAGUCAAGGUCAUUAUCUCUGUGUUUUUACUUUGGUUGGAUUUGGAAGUGACUCUAAUGCACAAGACGUAGACGGUGCAACUCCUUUGCAUUUAGCUGCAGCAUCAAAUCCCAGAGAUUCUGGUGCUCAAUGCGUACAGUAUUUAUUAAAGCAUAGAGCAGAUCCGCGUUUGUGCGAUAAACGAGGCUUUACUGCUAUUCAUUACGCUGUAGCUGGUGGAAAUCAGCCAGCUUUAGAAGCUUUAUUAGAAGCUUGUCCACAAGGCAAUCUAGCAGCGUCAUCUAAUUCUACAGGAAAGUCAGAACCUCCAUUACCUGCAUUAACACCCUUACAUCUUGCUGCAUACCAUGGACAUAUUGAAAUUUUAAGCUUGCUACUACCAUUAUUUCCCAAUACUAACAUUAAAGAAGAUACUGGUAAAACGCCACUGGAUCUAGCUGCCUAUAAAGGACACCAAACAUGCGUUCAACUUUUAUGCGUAUUUUAUGGAGCUUGUGUAUGGGUCCAAGAUUCUAUUACAAGGCGUACUCCAGUACAUUGCGCAGCGGCAGCAGGUCAUGUUAAUUGUCUAGAACUUCUAUUGGAGAAUGCAGGAGAUUCAAACGUAGUUAAUUGUUACGAUAUUAAACAGCGAACUCCUUUAACACUAGCAGUGGCAAAUAGCAAUCCAGAAUGUGCUCAGUUACUUUUAAAAUACAAAGCUGAUUGUAAUUUACUAGACAUAAACAAGCAUACACCAUUAUUUCGAGCAGUGGUUAAGGAACGUGAUCAUCAGUUAGUGGAGCUAUUAUUAUCACAUGGUGCACAAGUAGCGAUACAAGAUACAAAUGGUAAAACGCCAUUACAUUUAGCCGCCGCAUGUGGAAGAGUAAAAGCAUUGGCUUCUCUUGUCAAAGCUAAUCCUGCUGCUGCCACUUUAAAAGACGAUCAAGGAUGUACAGUCCUUCAUUGGGCCUGUUACAAUGGAAACUCGAAUUGUGUGGAAUAUCUGUUAGAACAAAAUGUAAUUGACUCAUUAGAGGGUAGUCCAUUUUCGGCUGUUCAUUGUGCAGUUUACCAGGGAUCAGCACAUUGUUUAGAAUUAUUAAUAAAUAAAUUUGGGGGAAAGACUGUUGCUGCUCCGAGAGAUGUUCCAGGUGGUCGGUUGCCUUUGCAUAUUGCAGCUAGUUCAGGAUCUGUAGAAUGUGCAAAAUUGAUUUUAAGUUCUGUUGGACCUGAAUUAGCUGGGCUCGAAACUCCAGAUUAUUCAGGUCGAACGCCACUACUUUGUGCUGCUAUUACGGGUCAAUGUGCUGCUAUUGAGUUAUUGCUUGAAUGGAAAGCUGAUGUACGUGCUGUGGAUUGUAACAAAAACACAGCUCUUCACUUAGCUUGUCAAAGACGACAUUCUGUUGCUGCUUCACUCUUACUAAAUUUGAUCAAUUCACUUAAUGCUAAUGGUGAAAAUACAUCACAGCAACAACAAAGCAUUAUUAAUAUGGCCAAUAAGCAGCGAAGAACACCAUUACAUCUAGCAGCAAGAAAUGGCCUCGUAACGGUAACACGACGUUUAUUGCAAUCGGGUGCAAGUGUCGUUGCUGUCGAUGCAGAAGGACUCACACCUGCAUUAGCUUGUGCUCCGAAUCCGGCUGUAGCACGAUGUUUAGCCACCAUUCUUGCUGCACAUGGUCAAAAUUGGGAAGCUGCACAACAUUCACCAUCAAUUCAACAAACAUCAGAAGUAUAUUUAAAUGGCAGAAGUGGCGAUUCACAACACAGUUCAGAUUCAGAGUUUUACUGACAGCAGGCAUCACGCUUAGAUCAUCAAGCGUUUCAAAAUUUAAACGUCGAUUCAAUGCACGGAAAUAUUGAUGCAGCAAGAUUAAUUUGGACAAGCUGUUGGUUGUUUUCAAUUUUGACAUAAUGCUUCUAUAUGUAAGAGAGCCAAUUUAUCAGGUAUGGGAAAUCAGUGCUUAACAAUCGUUCAUCUGCAAUUGUCAGCCUCUUAACAAGUAAUAAUGACAAUACCCCCAUUUUUACUAUUAACAUUUCGAUAGAAUUGCGAACUGCCAAGAGGAGUAUGAUAAUAUGUAUUUAAACAAUGGGUAAGAGAGCAAUAAUAUUAGGCUUAAAAGUUUAUAUUAUUCAGUAAGUAUAACUAGAUAUCUUACAUUAAUCCUAAGACGCCUAAGGUGUUAAAAGAUGUAAAAUCAAUCCAAAGGCGGGUCAUUUUCUGUCCAUAUAAAAAAGGAGCGAUAAAUCCUGUUUUUCCUGUUUUAUUCAUUAAAAGACACACUUAUUUACACUUUGAGCAAAUGAUCGAAUUUAGCUAUUUUCAAUAAUACGUUUUGUUCUUUGCGACUCUCUUGUUGCAGCACAUGACAUUUUUAUAAUAUUUCGAUUGUAUGAUCUUUAUAUAAACUACGACUAAACCAGUUCAGAUAAUAUGACAUAAUAAUAAACACAUGAGCUGUCACUGACAUCGAAACACAUGUAACUACCUCUUAAGAUUUAUAUGUAAUUUAUAAUAGUGUUACAUACAGCUUGAGAGUAAAUUUUCUCACUGGUCAAUUAGUUAGAUCACAAAUACACUCAAGAGAAAUUAGAUUACUGGUCUCUUAGAAAAAAUUUGUUGUAGGAAAAGUUAAGGUUUAAAGUUUUGUGGACAUUUUCUGACCCUUCCAUAGGUGUCUUAGGGUUAAGGGAAUAUACAUACCUUUAUUUUUGCUUCAAUGUCAUAAUUGCAUGCACAUAUAUGCUCCUGACACUGUGGUCAACGCGUAAAUGUGUCUGGUACAAAAAAUGGUUUGUAGAUGAAACAUAGAUAUUCAUAUAGUGAAUUGCUGACGUAAUUGAUACCUCAUUAAAAAAAAAGACACGAUAAUGCAAGCAUUAUCGAUUUUAUUGUAACGUAAGGAUGCUCCAUAGACUCGUAAAUUUAAUUCCUAAAAUAAAUUCCUAAGACCCGCCAGCUUACUGCUGUUACUUGCAUAUUUUUAAUAAUCAGCGAUAUUUAUAAUAUAAUAAAGCUUUCUAUAUUUUGCAACGUAAUCAAUUUUUCAUCAAUUAGGAAAAGUACAAAUUGUAUGAAUAAAAAAAGUCGUAGUUUUUUAAAUAUGAUCAUGCUAUCAUGUUUGAAAUUUAGUCAGCAUAAAGGAAAAAGAAGUCUAUAUAUUUUCGUUUACUUUACAUUGAGUCAACACUGUACAAUGAUUUAAUUAAUGUUGUCCAUUGGAAUUAUAAUAGUCAUUUUAAUAGAGGAUGUAGCAAGGCAGUUUUUAUUAUUUUACUUAUUGAGACGAGUCUUAAGUGGACCAUAUAAAGGACAUUAACCAAUGAAUGCAUAGUCGAUUAAUUAACUGUAUGAACAUUUACAGUUUAUAAAUUUAUUAUCUAUAGAGAAGUAGAUAAAUUACUAGUGAAAUGCUCUCUAUCUUAUGGAGGAAAGAAUAUUAGGUUAUUGAUAUAAGAUAAAUAUUGCACAGAAUCUUUGCAUUUAUUAUUUUUAAUAAGUUUAACUAAGGUCUUCCAUUUGUAGUACCUUUAUUUAAACUGUGAAGCGAUAUGUAAGUACAUCGAGAAGAUUCCGUUUCUCGAAUUUUUCAGUUUGGAAUUUUAAGAUUAGGUACGUUAUACAAGCGUUUGAUGUUUUUCUGUAGAAAUAUAUAUAUGUUUAUAAAGAGAAAUCAGUUCAACUAAUAAUUCAUUUGCGUUCAAUUGCAUUUUAUCGUAUAAAGCGCGAGCGUUUUUAAUUAACAAAAAGAACUAGUACGAAAGUAAUAAACAGUACCGUAUUAUAAAUGUCCUGUUGUAAAUACAAAAAACGGACUUACAUUGCCUGACAAAAUUUUUAAUAUAAUAGUACAGAUUAACAAAAAGAGAAGAAAAGUUUAGAUAUUUUCUUAGAUAUUUGUAGUAAAAGCCUAAACUGCCUAAACACAUUGACACACGGAAAUAUGAAAGUAGAGCUUGUAAAAGAUGACACAAGUAGUACGGUGAAGCAUCAUUAACGAUCCAAAUGAUUGAUCGAGACCAUGAUUGAACUAUCAAUUAAUGAAAGUCGAAUGAUUUCUUUUAUGCGUACAUCGAUAUAUAGGGUGUCUAUAGUAUUCAUGACACUGGUAAUGUAUUAAAAUUUAUAUUGUAAAAUGUAUAUAAUUUGAAGUUCAUAAUACUGAAACUUAUUAUUAGAGAUAAAAAUGUAAAAAUUUAAUUAAUUUAAUUUAGAAAGACGUAACAAUUUUAUUCUACAUUUUCAGUUAAUUUUUUCAUACAUCACUACCUUGCUGAUUGUAUCAUGAUUAUUAAGACACCCUGUAUGUAUGCCCUGUUAAUUUUGUACUUAAGAAUUCCCGUAAUAUUUGCAUUUAUCACUAUCAAUAUUGUAACAAAAAAUAGAGACGCAACAGAUAAUGCUGUGUCCAUUUCGACCGAUCAAGGAGUUUUCAAAUCAUAUCGUGCACGGAAUAUGUAUGUAUUUUUAUUGUAUAUAUAUAUAUCGAUUGCGAUGAUUGUUUAAACAGGUGAAUGUUCAGGUGUGCGUGAUACCACAGACGAGUACUUGUACCAAUGCGGUGGUACGAAAAUGUGGAAAACUUAGGGUGAAAUAGUCAAUCCAAUUUGUACGUCGUCUUUUGCGAGUCACGCAAAGAUCAAAUAAUACGUUAUUUUUCUCUUGAAAAAUGUGAAAAAUCAUGUGCGUUGUAUAUAUUGACAAAUAUUUUUUAAUACAUUAAUCGGUAUGUAUAUUAUGAAUUCUGGGAAUUUCAUACCGUAAUAUUAUAUUAAAAUUGUGCUACAAUUAAACGACUGUCUCUGAUAUCGUGCAUUCUGUAUUACGCGAUCAUUUGUAAUCAAUAAACGACAUUAUGUUUUAUUUUUAUACAA